AUGGGACCUGCUCGUGUCCCAGGAAGGGCUCGUGACUCCAUCUAUACUCGCUUCCUCCAAUCCUUGGGUAUCCAUUCAGCCUCAUCUGGGUCGGACUUUGCCUACUAUGAGCUUAGAGCUACGGAUGAUAUACUUGAGGAACCUACCGACGAGGAGAGGAAUAGCUUGAGUCGAGUGGCCGACUCGAUACCGUGGAAUGCUUAUCGUGAGUUGCAGCUGCCUUGUCUCAUCCCUCGAGCCAACGCUGAUGCGCGUGGGGUACGAGUUAUUGCAUUCAUUGAGCUAGCUGAAAGGUUUUCUUAUUACGGGACAACAGUGGUUUUUACGAAUUUUUUACAACAACCGCUCCCCCCUCACUCGCGUACUGGCGCCGGAUAUGCAGACGGUCAAUCAGGUGCUCUGGGGCUGGGUCAGCGUGCAUCUUCUGCUAUUGGAACGUUUAACGCCUUCUGGGUGUACUUGAUACCACUGUUUGGGGCUUAUAUUGCCGACACGCGUUGGGGCCGAUUCAAGACUAUAUGCAUCGCCGUGGCCAUUGCUCUCUUCGGACAUGCUCUUUUGGUGGUGUCAGCUAUUCCCGGUAUAAUCGAGCAUCAGAAGCUGGCGCUCGUAUACUUCCUCGUGGCUUUGAUCAUCAUGGGAGUCGGGACGGGAGGAUUCAAGGCAAACAUAUCACCAUUGGUAGCCGAACAGUACAAACAGACGAAGCUUUUCGUGAGGGUCAAUGGUAAUGGCGAUCGUGUGAUCAUAGAUCCUGCACUGACAACUUCAAGAAUCUAUAUGUAUUUUUAUCUGUUUAUCAAUAUUGGUGCCUUGGUCGGUCAAAUUGGCAUGACCUACUCAGAAAAGUACGUAGGCUUCUGGCUUGCAUAUUCUCUGCCUACUGUGAUAUUCCUACUAUGUCCUAUCGUCCUGUUCCUGGGACGAGACCGCUAUGUUAAGUCCCCGCCUUCCGGAUCCGUCCUCGGAACAGCAUGGAAAGUCUGGCGCUUUGGAAUGAAGGGAAAAUGGUCUCUGAAUCCCUAUACUACCUAUCAACACAUGACGGCACCUAAAUUCUGGGACGGCGUUAAACCCAGCCGCCUCGAAGAUAGUCUGCGCCCUGAGUGGAUGGCAUUCGACGACCAGUGGAUAGAAGAGCUUAAGAGGGGGUUGCAAGCGUGCGAAGUCUUCCUCUGGUACCCUAUAUACUUUCUGGUGCUCGGACAGCUGGGUACCAAUUUGACGUCGCAAGCUGCGACUAUGGCGACUCACGGCAUUCCCAACGACGUGUUGUCGAACCUUGAUCCUUUGAUCCUGGUCAUAUUCAUUCCCUUGUGCGACUUCUACGUCUAUCCGGCAUUACGUCGCGCUGGUGUUCGAUGGACGCCGCUGAGGAAGAUCUCUCUGGGCUUUAUGACUGGAUCUGCGGGGAUGUUCUGGGCUGCCACCGUGCAGUAUUUCAUUUACAGGCGAAAUCCGUGCGGAAAUAACGUAGCGACGUGCGUGGAUGCGGACGGCAAGACAAUCACCUCAGACGUAAACAUCUGGUGGCAAACCGGAUGCUACAUCCUCGUCGCGUUCUCCGAGAUCCUCGCUUCGAUCACUGGCUUGGAGUAUGCGUAUACGAAGGCACCGAAGAACAUGCGCUCGCUCGUCAUGGCGGUUUUCUUGUUCAUGUCUGCUGUAGCAAGUGCCAUUGGCGAAGCUUUCGUUGCGCUGUCAGCUGACCCUCUGCUCGUGUGGAAUUAUUCGCUGAUGUGCGCACUUGCUGCUGUGUCCGGCCUUCUCUUCUGGCGAAGGUAUCAGCAUCUUGACGCCAACGAAGAUGAGAUGAACAAUCUUAGUGAGGGUCAUCUCCACAGCCCAACACACGGUGAUGUUACAUGA